AUGAGCAAAGAAAAAUUUAACUUUGUAAAAACUGAGGAAAGCAUUUUGGGUGUGUGGAACAAGGAGGACUGCUUCGAAAAACAAAAUGAGCUUAUGAGAGGAAAGCCGGAAUACAAUUUCUACGAUGGUCCCCCUUUUGCCACAGGCCUGCCACAUUACGGGCAUAUUUUGUCAGGCACUAUCAAAGAUACUGUGACACGCUUUUUUAUACAGCAGGGAUUUUCGGUAAAGCGAAGAUUUGGCUGGGAUUGUCACGGUUUGCCUGUUGAGUAUGAAAUUGACAAGAAGCUAAAUAUCAGCACACGAAAGGAGGUGUUGGACAUGGGAAUAGCCAAUUACAACAAUAAAUGUCGUUCUAUAGUUCAGAAGUACACAUCCGAGUGGGAACAAAUUGUUAAUAGAAUGGGGCGAUGGAUUGAUUUUACCAAUGGAUAUAAAACAAUGGAUAUCAGCUUUAUGGAGUCUGUCUGGUAUGCUUUCUCGCUCAUUUACAAGCAGAAGCGUGUGUAUAGGGGGUUCCGAGUGAUGAGCUUUUCCACCGCCUGUUCAACACCGCUUUCCAAUUUUGAAGCAAAUUUGAACUACAGAGAAGUGAAUGAUCCAUCAGUAGUCGUUGCAUUCAAAUUGAACGACCGGUUCAGAGGAAAGGAUGUUAGUCUGGCGAUUUGGACUACCACUCCGUGGACACUUCCAUCCAAUUUAGGUGUGUCCGUUCAUCCCGAGUUUGAGUACGAUAUUGUCGAUGUCAAUGGCAAAUUUUAUGUGGUUCAUGGGAACAGAAAAGAAUUCUACAGCGUUUUUGAAUCUGCUAAAGCGGUUGAUAAGGUGAAAGGGUCUGAAUUAAUUGGUUUGCACUACGAACCGCCGUUCGAAUACUUUAAAAAAGAUUUCUCAGGGUUUUUCAAGGUGCUAAGGAACGAGGCUAUCACAGACGACAGUGGCACGGGUAUUGUACACAUGGCACCUGCUUUUGGUGAGGAGGAUUACAACGUGUUUCUGAAGGAGGGGAUGAUACGCGAAAACGAGGAGGUUCCCUGUAUAAUUGACGAUAAGGGAAAGUUUACGUCCACUGAUUUCAAGAAUCUUUACUUCAAGGAUGCUGAUAAGCCGAUCAUGAAGGCGCUUGGUGACAAGUUGCUGUGGCGAGGAACUAUCAGGCACAGGUACCCGUACUGCUGGCGUAGCGAUACUCCACUCAUCUACAAGAUUGUGCCAAACUGGUUUAUACAUAUUUCGGAUUUGCAGGAGCAGCUUUACGCCCUGAACGAAAAGAUUCACUGGGUGCCGCCUUCAAUUAAGAAUAAAUUUGGGAAUUGGCUCAAGUGUGCACGCGACUGGUCAAUUUCAAGGAAUAGGUUCUGGGGCACGCCCAUACCGAUAUGGGCAAGCAGCGAUUUUAAGGUAAUGUUGUGCAUUUCGAGUAUACGAGAAUUAGAAAAAGUCGGAUUUCGUGUGAAAAACGGACAGAGGGUCUCCGUGAAGAUAGAGGAUAUGCAUAGGGAGUUUAUUGAUGACAUACUCGUUGAAAAGGAUGGUGUCAUUCUGCACAGGAUCGAUGAGGUAUUUGACUGUUGGUUUGAAAGCGGCUCAAUGCCUUUGGCACAGGAUCACUGGCCAUUCUCGGUUUAUAAGGCCGAUGGAGUUGAACAAAUGUUUGAUCAAAUGCAUUUGAGUGUCAGGUCGCCCGAUGCCGCUGAUUUCAUUGCGGAGGGCUUGGAUCAAACGCGUGGAUGGUUUUAUACGCUGCAUGUGGUUAGCACUCUCCUUUUUAACAGACCAGCAUUUAAGAACAUUAUCGUUAGCGGAAUUGUCUUGGCCAGUGAUGGGAAGAAAAUGAGUAAGCGGCUGAAAAACUAUCCUGAUCCUAUGGAGGUUGCUAAUAGCUACGGCGUUGAUUCUCUGCGUAUUUAUCUGAUUUCCUCGCCAGUGGUUGUUGCAGAGAACCUAAAAUUUACAGAACAUGGUGUCAAAGAGGUUUUUAAGAAUUUGAUGAUCAACUGGUACAACAUUCUCAAUUUCUACGUUGAGUGCAGUGCUAAGAAGCAGAGGAUUGGAGAAAAAACGGUUCUUGAUGUGUGGAUUGUCAACGAACUGAGCAGCUUUGGGUUGAAGAUAAAGAACAGCAUGGAGAGGUACGAGCUGAUUAACAUUCUGUCUGAUGUGCUUGUGUUUGUAGAUGACCUGAGUAACUGGUAUAUCAGGAUGAACAGGAUGAGAAUAAGAAAUGGUGAGCACGGGGUGCUAAAAGAUGUUCUAACCACUUUCAGCGUACUUAUGGCACCGUUUGCGCCAUUUUUCUCAGAAUAUUCGUACCAAGUGUUGCAAGGCAAUAGCUCAUUGCUAAGCGAUAGGUUUAAGAGUGUGCACUAUGAGAUGUUUCCUUCUUUUGAACCAGCAAAGGACAACAAUUUUGGCAAAACGAAAAAGGUCAUUGAGUCUAUCCGUGUUUUGAGAGAAAACCAGAAACUAUCUCUUAAGACACCGCUCUCUGAUGUUACAAUUGUAGGCAUGGAUGACUUUGACCAUGAACUGGUCAAGACGGAGUGUAAUGUGCUCGAGAUGAAGACAGACAACGAGGAAAACUAUGAGUUCAGUGUCAGGAUAAAACCUAACUUUGCAAAGAUAAAGGUACGUAAUGCUGAGAAAGACAUACCUGGAAAGAUAGCCACGAUUAACAAGCUGAAAGACAUCAGCGAGCUCUGCGCAUAUAAUAUCGUUGGUGAGGAGGUGAUCGUUGAGCGGAACUUAAUUUUGCAGGAUGAGAACAGAGUUGCGAAAAAUUUUGGUGAUUUUACCGUGAUAUUGAACGUGCAAUUGAAUGAUAGUCUAAUUGAGAUGAAGGAGGGCAGAAUGUUUAACGCGUUUUUGCAGAAGUUACGCAAGAGAAUCGGUUUAAAGAUGGAGGAUACAGUCAAAGUCUAUCUGGAGAGUAAAAAUCUGCGGAACGUUAUUUUGAAGAACUAUGAAAUCAAUUUUGUUGAUGAUGAUGAUACCUGCGUAGUGCUCGGCGAAGGAUUGUAUGUGUACGGGGGGCAGGACGUGUUGGUGAAGAUAUUCAAGUAUUAAAUUCUAUUCUGGUC